AGAAAUGUGUUUCGUAAGCACUUGUUUUUCUGGUACUAUAUAAGGCCACUACUGCUCAGAGAUACCACACAAUACAGCGACGCCUACUAUACUACCUUCCACUACAAGCCAUGCGGUGCCUUGUCUAUCUUACCUACUGCGUGGCCGUAUCCUGCGCACUGGCCGUGGUGCAGCCCCUACCCAAUGUCCAACAAGCAGCACCGCCAGCUUUCUGCCAUGACCAGGAAUGUCCGAAGUAUUCAGUGACACAGUCAUUUACGGGGUACGAGUUGCGACACUACGAGGAAUCCGUGUGGGUAGCUACCAAUUUGACUACAAUGGAGUUUACCCAAAACGACAGCAGCGAAAUGUUUUUCAAACUAUUUCACUAUAUCUCCGGCAAUAAUUCUAAACACGUUAAGAUACCGAUGACCACUCCGGUUAUACUAAAGGUGGAACACGGACCGGGACCAACAUGUGAGAGCUUCUUUUAUGACCACUUCAUGGUACCAUUUGAAUUUCAAGACGAUCCUCCAGUUCCAACCGACCCUAGUGUUUAUAUCACAGUGUUACCUCCCUUUGACGUCUACGUUAAGUCUUUUGGAGGCCGCCCGUCAUUCGACGAGAAAAUGGCUAUGAUUGAAUCUCUUGUAACAGAAAUAGCAGACCCGUCGCGUUUCGAGGAAAGGUUUUAUUACUUUGCGGGAUAUGACGGUCCAUACACUAUUAAUCACCGCCACAACGAGGUGUGGCUGGUAGCCCGGCAUUAGGACAAACCGUACAUUUGUUAUGCUUGUUUUUCUUUUUUUUUCUUUUCCAUUUUACUAUUUCACUCUAUAAAAAUAAAUAAUUAAAGGAUUAUGAAAUGUUAUUAUCUUUACUGUUUUGAUGCAGGUCGUAUGAGGUUAAAUUACCUAUUGUGUUCUAUUGAUAAGCUGGACCGGUGAAAAGCUAAUUUUUCAUACUGCAAAACCUAUUUGAAAUCCAGACAGAUAUCACGAGCCGAUGUAAGCUCUACAGAGACUUUAUUUUACUGGAUGAAAAAGAAAGACAAGCAAAUCAGACAGGUACUCAGAAUCCAUAUGUCAUGCACGUAAUCUACAGUAGAUGACAGACUUGUCAUACUACACAACCUGAUUGUACCUUGAUUUCUUUUACCCGACGAUGUCUAUACAUUUUUCAAUAAAUUAAUUUACAUAACCA